AUGACCAGGCAGACUACGUUUACAGACAAGAUGAUGCCAUCACUCGUCGGCACCAACAUGGUCGGCGUGCCUCAGCACCAAGUCUCCAGCAGCGACACAUACACCGUCGAUACGAUGCUUAACGAACUCUCGAGGCAACUCAUGGGGCAUACCAGGAGGUACUCGAGGGCCGCAAACGGGCAGCAAAGAGGCGGGAAUGCCAUGAGGGUAUCUAAACCCAGCAGCGCUAGCAACAGCCCGAGAUCAUCAACACUGCAGGCCCGGAGGAGGACGCUAAUUGGUGAUGCUUUGCGAGGCGGGCUUCCGACCUUAUCUCCAGCGGUUCACCAGACACACCUCCCUACUCCCGACUCAGUACUCCCAGAUCAGUACUUCUACGAGCAGGAAACCCCGAGACCGGCACGCCCUGUGAGCUGGCAUCCGUCUUCACAAAAUGUGCAACAGCCCUUCUAUGCCCAGCAAGACGCGAACGUUUACCCUUGCGGGACUUACGGCGACUUCCUGGCAAGCCUGGAACAGUUCCCUCCCACGCCGGGCCCCGGUUCGGGCUACACGUCGCCGAUGGAGUCCUUCUCGCCGCUCUCACUGCCCUACUCGAGCUUCAGCACAUCACAACAACAAAUCUACUCGCCUGUGAGCCAGCCUCUCCCGUCGGUGCAUCAACAACAGGUUGAUGCAUUGGCAUCGACUACCUGCUCCUCCGACUAUGCCGCGGUUGUAGCAUCUUCCGACAUCCCCUACCUACCCCUCGCCCACACAACAGACGACACGAUCGUGUGGGAUCAUCACCAGGACACCACGGCCCUGUUUAGUCGACAAACAGCACCCCCUACACCCGAGGAUCUCGCUUACAGCCUUGAUCCUAACCAAGUGACGGAGGCUACUUCACAACAAAAGCAGCAGACUAAAUCGGAAGCUGCUCAGCAGGCGUAUCAGCCGCUCAUCCAUGACGACGAGAACGACGACGAGCCUGAAGGCGAAAUUCUGUACGGCAUGGGGCUUUACGAUGCGCCUGUUCAAGGCAAGGAAUCUUCUCUGCACCAAUCCGUGGUCCACUCCCUACUUGGGGGGGCAAGGGACUACAGGGAAGAGGCAGACACGGGCAAGGGGCUGGGCCUCAAGCUCGAGGAUGCCUGGGAGCCGCCCGCCAGCGAUGAUGAGAAUGAAGAGGAGGAAGAGGACGACGAAGACAACGACGGGGAGGGACAGGAUGAUUGA